AUGUUCAAAAAGAUCCAUUCUAUAUUUCACCCCAAUUCCCACCGAAGAAAUGUGACAGAUGACAUCCCUUACUGUGAUGGCACAGGUUCUGCGGUGAGAUUGAUCCGCAGCACUUCUAUGUACGUCCUUGGAGAUGAGCAGGAAAAAGUUAGUGAACCACUAAAAAAAUGCAGAAGUACAACCAGCAUCGACUCUUGCUUCCAGCCAAAAGAGGAAGACAGAGACUGGAUGUACUCUAAGACUCAGGACUGCUUGAAGUACUUACAGGAUCUGUUAGCCUUGAGGAAAAAAUAUCUUGACAACAUCAAUAACUUGAAAGCCAGGCAUACGGCUGCGGAUUCCCCAACAUCCACAAAAUCAUCUAAAACUGGAAAGAAGGCAUUUCUUCCACUUCCUUCCAAAGAGUCUUCUAAGGCAUCCAUGGAGAGAAAAGGCCCACAGUCCAGUUCUGAUGUAAGAGAGGCAAUAGCUUUCUUUGACUCAGUUAUUGCAGACCUGGAUUCAGAGAGAUGGCGGAGAAUUCCUGACGUGGAUCUGCCAAAUGUGGAUGUUGAUUUUGAUGUUGCUACCAGCACAAGCGAACACAGUUUACAUUCAAACUGGAUCCUUCGUGCUCCCCGGAGAUACUCACAAGAUACUGCCCAAACAGCAAAGGCUGCAAACCAGUCUCAACGAAACAGCCAGCGGAGAACCACUGGCUCUAGGAAGAGUGUCUCUAUUUUGUCUUGUUAUGUUCUUUUACAGAGAACUUGUUUAGAUAAAUAUUUUGCCAUCAUCCAUCUACCUGUUACCUUCUCCAUUUUUAGCAGGAAGAAUGUAUCAUCAGCUUUUGUUCUCAAAGCAAAAGGAGAAAAUUCACCUAAAUCAUGGAGAAACAGGUCCAUGCUGAAGCUCAGAAGAUGUGUGAUCUGGAUGGAGUCCAUGCAAUGCAUGGUGUGCUUGUGCUCCCCCAAGCUCUGCAGCCUGGCAUAACUUUAGGAGUUGAAGAUGCAGCUUCCUGAUGUUGCACCUCAUGAUGUGACAAGGAACCUUAUCCUGAUGAACCAGUGGCACCUGGCAGAGACAGAGCUUUCAAACCAGCUGGAGAGGAAAAAGGAAGAGCUCGGGAUCUUUUCCAAGAAUUUGGAGGCAGAAAAGAUGGAGAACUUGCUAUAUGCCAUGCUGCUGAAACAUCAGCUUAAGGAAAGGAAAAAGGUGGAUGCAGGAGAAUUUGAUUCUCGCACAGUACUCUUCAGUGAUAUUGUGACAUUCACAAAUAUCUGCUCUGCCUGUGAGCCCAUCCGAACAGUGAACAUGCUGAAUUCAAUAUAUUCCAAGUUUGAUUGAUUAGGCAAUGUCCAUAGAGUUUAUAAAGAUGAAACAAGAAGAGAUGAAUACUUGGUGGUUGGAGGCGUCACAGUCCCCAUCACUAGCCAUGCACUAAGCGUAGCCAAUCUUGCAUUUGGUAUGGGAGUUGCCUCCAAAGAGAUCAUGAACCCCAUGGUUGAGGAGCCCAUUCAGAUCAGAGUUGGGAUCCACUCCGGAGCAGUGCUGGCUGGGGCUGUUGAAGAGAAAAUGCCAAAGUACCGCUUGUUUGGAGAUACUGUCAACACAGCUUCCCAGAUGAAGAGUCACAGUCUUCCCACGAGCAUCCACCUCAGCUCAGCAGCUUUUAGAGCUCUGCCAAAUCAAAACUUCAAAACAGAUGAAAGAAGAGAAUCUGAAGAGGAGCUGAAAGGGAAAAGAGCCACAUGCUUUUUGAUGAAGAAUCUGUGUGCAACUUAGGAUGAAAUCAAAGCCUCACUGCACUCAGGCUGA